AUAAUGCUGGUAGGUUGCGCUUUCGUCAGUGGCAGUCGAGUGCCGCAGUUUUCGCGCGGGGCGGGUGUUGUCAUCGGAUUUUACACGGGAAAGAGUGUGCUUUCUGUGGAAUAAUCUGUAAAUAUUAAGGUGAAAAAUGCCCCCAAAGAAGCGGGAGAAAGAAUUGGAUGGACAAAAGGGCCCGCGAAUGGAUCAAAUACAGGCAGACCACGAGCUAUUUCUUCAAGCCUUCGAAAAACCAACACAAAUUUAUCGCUUUCUACGUACAAGAAAUCAAAUAUCAGAUACUUAUUACGCCAAUAUUUCUCUAUAGAAAUUUGACAUAUAUGAGGCAACGUAUGUCCAGGAGUCAUAAAUCCCGUAGGGGAUUUAAAAUUGACACAAUAUUGGAAAAAUUAACGUCAAAAAAUAUGGAAGAACAAAUUCUUGGUGUACGUGGAUAUAUGACACUUACAUUUUUAGGAUUCUAUGAUAAAAAGAUUGAAGCAUCACAGGAUCCAGUAAAGGUAGAAACUUUACUCUUAAAAAUUUGUCACAAGAAAAGAAAAGAUGUAAGCUCACCUAUUAUGCAAGUAUCUGUUGGAACCAGUGAAGUUCCAAUUAAUCCUUUAGAAAAUCAACCUCCACCUAAAGCACCAACAAUCUCAAUACCUAAUGAAUCAUUUACCAUAAAUAAUGGACAUCUAGCAAAGACAUAUAUGCUUUUAUUAAGGGUAUAUUGUACGUCUAAUAAUAGCUGCCUUAUACAUAGCUGUGAUUUAGAAGAACCAGCACAGAAACGUCGAAAGUCUUCUGCAGGUUCAAUUAAAAGCGGUAGUGAAGAAGUAAAAUUGUAUGGCUCUGAGCUCAUAGUAUAUGAUAAACAUAACAGAUGUCUUCUGACAGAUGGUGAUUAUGAAUUAGGUUUGCAGGAAGUACACGCUAAUGUUAGAUCCAGCCCAAAGAAAUAUAGUUCUUGGGAAAGUGUACCUGACAUUAAAGAUAGUGGUCCUUUUGAAGUGUUCAGUAGAGGUCCUACACUCAAAUUUAGACUUAGUUGGACUAUGGAGCCAAGUAAUGGUUUAGUGGAUAGACCUGCUCCUAUUCAUCCAGUGCCAAGCGGUGACAAUAAAGAAAAUCGAUCAGGCAAUACUGGCUUUGAGCGUUCUUCUACAAAUCAUAAUAAUAAUAACACGAACAAUAACAAUAAUGCAACACUGCCAACACCUAGUCCAUUGACCCCUUCGAGAAUGUCUGUAUCCACUGAAAAAAUGGAUAAUUCAAUGGGUACUCAACAAAUAGUUUAUCAAUUUUUAUAUAAUAAUAACAGUCGUCAACAAACAGAGGCUUGUGAGGAUCUUCAUUGCCCAUGGUGUUCAUUAGAUUGUGGAAAACUCUACUCUCUUUUAAAGCAUUUGAAAUUAUGCCAUUCUAGAUUUACAUUUACCUACGUGCCAAUACCACAAGGUGCCCGUAUAGAUGUAGCAAUAAACGAAUGUUAUGAUGGUUCAUAUGCUGGUAGUCCACAUGAAUUAAUUACUCAACCAUCUGCCCCCUUUGGAGCUGUGGCAGCGUCAGGGCAGCAACGUUCCAAUGGCCCAACUAGACGUACGAGCGUAACUAAUAUUUUAGUCUGUCGGCCAAAGAGAACAAAACCGAGUUUAUCUGAAUUUCUUGAACUCGAUGAAAAUGAAUUUGAAAGCCAAAGACCUUAUAUCACUGGACACAAUAGAUUAUAUCAUCAUACCGUUACUUGUUUGCCUAUUUAUCCAAAAGAAAUGGAUAUUGACUCAGAAGGAGAAAAUGAUCCAAAGUGGUUGCAAACAAAGACAAUGAUGAUGAUCGAUGAUUUUACUGAUGUUAAUGAGGGAGAAAAAGAAUUAAUGAAAAUGUGGAAUCUACAUGUUAUGAAGUAUGGAUAUGUAGGAGACUGUCAAAUACCAUUAGCCUGCCAAAUGUUUUUAGAAACCAAAGGAAAGGAAUUACUUAUGAAAAAUUUGUAUCGAAAUUUUGUACUGCAUAUGUGCAGCUUAUUUGAUUUUGGUUUAAUUAGUCCCGUUAUUCUUUAUCAGACUAUUCAAAAGCUCCAGGAGAUUAUGAAAGAAGGAGGUGAAAAUGGUGAUGUUCGCAAAGUUUUGCAAAAAUCUCAUGAGGCUCAAGUAGAUAGAUGGGUAUCCACAGGUUUUCAGGCAUCUACUGAUGUUACUACUACUAAAGCAAGUAGUACAAAAAUCAGUUUUAAUAAUGACUGUUCAAGUUCUAACGCUAGGAGGAAAACGUCGCUACCCUUGGGAUCACCAAAUUCUCAAAAUGUAAAAUCGACUGUUUCUAUGCAUAUGUUUCAGUCAACACAUUAACGUUUAUUUUGAUUUUAUAUGCAGUUUUUUGAUGAAUUAAAAAAUGAAUGAGAAAAAGGAAUGCUUAAGCUGUUCCUUUUUAAGUAAUUUGCAUUAGUUCAAAACGCAUUGUAUUAAUUAAUACUUAUAUAUUGGCAACAAUUAUUAUUUUUUAAACAUAUGGUAUCAUACUGAUUUUUGUAUGGUCUAGUCAAUGAUACUAUUUAUGUUAUAUAUAUUUUAUAUCUUUGGAUGUUACAACGUAUUGGUACAAAUGGUUUAAAAUUUACGCUCAUAAUAAUAUAAUAUAAAAUUCUCUGCCUCAUAAAAGUAGUAAGACACAUUAAUUUGUAAUAGAAAUUAAAUUUUGUGAUAAAAAACAUUGACCCUAAAA